AUCGGAUGUAUGUAGGUGUGCAUUAACAUGUUGUAACAGCAGAGCAAGCAAAUAAAUAACAUUGAGCACCGCAUAAAUUCUGUCAUUUAAUAUAGUUCGACUGAUGACCUCCAAAACGAAAUAAAUAAACCUAUUUUCCACAUAUUAGUAAAAAGACAUUUACGAAACAAGAGAAAUUAUAAUCAGUAUCUGGCAGAAAAUGUUGAAUGCUUUAGAAAAUAAUACAUUACACAGUUAUUCUUACAAAAAUCCUAAUCUUUACUACACAACAAAUGACGUUGCAAAUCUCUUCACAAUGCUUAUUGCACAACAACAGCCAAAACACAUUAAUAAAGAACUAUCAUUAAAAAGCCGAUAUCAAUCGGUUUUCGUGGAAAAUUCUUUGGUUUAUAACUUCUUAAAUAGAACAGAAUCACCGCCAGCUAUAUCAACAGUAGCAACAACGACUACUCCUUCUACUAAUCAAUACAAAUAUCAAGAACUGUGGCCAAUUUCCCCUAAACAGUCAAAAUAUCAACUUAAAUUUGGAAUCGAUACAAUACUUGGCAGUGUGGAUACAAAUGAACACUUAUUGAAGAAAUCCUCCGAAGUAACAAAUGAUUUGAAAAAGUUAUUUGAAGUGAAAACAGAUCAGUUAUCAGUAAAAAGUACAACUUGUAUAAUGACAGCAAAUGAAACAGAGUCUAAUUGUGUAAAUAUAUAUUCUAAUGAAGAGAAAAGUGUUUUAAAUAAGGACGGAUCUUUGACAAAUGUGAAUUUACCUUCAUCUGAAAUGAUGAAAACAUUGUCUAUGACUUUUUUAACACAUCAAUCUCCGACCAUCCUCUCCUCUUAUGAUCAUCAACAACAUAACUGUUCUUCACCAACUUCAUCCAUACAACCAUCAAUACCACUGCAAUCUUCUUUGUUUCUUUCUUAUGGUUCAAUUCCUUUGGUCAAUAAAAUUAAAAAAUCAUCCGUUUCAUCUGGUUCUUCAUCAUCUUCUUAUUUAUCACCAACAAUACAAAAAGAACAAAUAUAUUUCCAUGACACCCCUGGUAAACUAUGGUUAACUCCACAAUUACACAACAAUAUGGUAAAAUCUACAGAAUCUUCAACUGUAAAAAUACAUAAAAAUUCUGAUUUGAAAGCAUUAGAUCAUAGUUAUUUAUCGAAUGAUCAAAGUGGAAAUUCUGUAAAUACUUCAUCGACAAUUGAUUUAUUAAAAUGUAUUGGCCCUGUUGAAUUUAUCAAUAAUGGUGCUGGAAUUAAAAAUCCAUUGGCAUGUAGCACGAAAUUUGAAAGGGAAUGGCUAAAUCGUCUUUAUGCUUCUCAAGUAGGUCCAAAUGAAUAUGUUUGCAAAGCAUGUGGUAAACGUUUCCAAUUAUUGCGUCUUUUAACACGACAUAUUAAAUGUCAUAGUCAGUUACAUAGGUAUUUAUGCAAGUUUUGUUUCAAAGGAUUCAAUGAUACAUUUGACUUGAAACGUCAUACCAGAACACAUACAGAGUCAAGUUUACGUCGUACUUGAUGAUCCUAUGUUAUUAUUCAAUGGAGCAGUUAUACAAACAUUUGGAGCAUUCAGGAGGUAAUUUUGAUUUGGGACUGAUGCCAACUAUAGAAGCAAUAAAAAACCAUGGAGCCACCAUACAACAACUGCAUUCCACUAUGAGAUCUCACACCAAUGCAAACCCACUAAGCGAAAAUCACCCUCUAAAUAGACCUAGAUUUCCACGACACCACCUAGAUUAAUAAUGACCAUGUGACAACUGGUGACUAGUUUCAAGGUGAAUUUUCAGAACUUUUAGUUUGAAUCCGUGAUAUUUGAAGUCAUCGAAUUCAGAAUUGAGAAGAAUACAAUCUGAUGUAACUCGUAAUAAACGUGCUUCAUGUUGAAGUGGUUAGACGUGUAAACAGUAGAUCAUUAGAUUACAGCUGAAUUGUACCCUGCUUGGUGGGCGACCCAAACAUUCUAGACACGAUUAUGAGUGGGUUUGUGAGUAUCCAUUCGUAAGCAGUUUCACAUUACGAAAAAACAGCUGUCCAAUCCUCUUUGGUUUUCAAUGAUUUCUUAGUUGGAGUUAUUUCCUGAUGAAAACUACUCUCAAAACCAUAGCUUAUACACCAAUGAAAACAUAUACUUUGUGUACUUUUUUCAAAUUAUCUUAGACACUAUAUACCUAACAACUCAAUUUAUCGCCCAAAGUAAAUCAACUUACUUAGUCAACGGAAAAAAACCCUACAAAUCUAAAUAUUAUUUUUGUGUGUAACGUAGACUUUUUACCAUGGUCAAUAAUGCUUGAUAAUGAUAAGUGUGUGCGACCUUAUAGAUGUUCAGAUUGUUCAAAAGCAUUUACCCAACGAUGCUCCUUAGAAGCACAUGGUCGUAAAGUUCAUGGUCGUCCAUUACAAUAUGCAUUCAAAGAACGUAGAGAUAAGCUAUAUGUAUGUGAAGAAUGCGGUUUCAGUACAACAGAUGCUGAAAAUCUACGUCAACAUACACAAACAGUACAUGUAACUAUAAAAUCAUCAAUUGGUGAUAUGUUAACAACCAAUACAUCUUCAAGCCUACUUCAAUUAUUUCCAAAUUAAUUAUUAAAUAAAAAUAAAUACUUAAUUUCAUCAAUUGAAUAAAUUAACGCACACAAAAAGAGAGUUAUAUAUUUUUAAAUAAGUUCAAAAUCAAUUACGUUAUACAUACAAAUAAAAUGAAGUUUUCUGAAUAGUCACCAAAACAAUUCAAUGCAAACAUCCCUUUACUUGUUAUCAAUGAUGUGACCUAGAGAUUACAUGAAUCUAGUGAAUAACUUAAAUAAACUUAAUUACAGACAUAAAAGUGUAAUAGAUAUACAAAAGAUCAUAUUAUCUAAGACGGAUAGUUUAUAUAAUCUUUUCCUCGAAUCAUUUACUACAUUUAUAAAGAAGUAAUAAUAAUGAAAAUAUGUUCAUUUCCAUAUUUUAUCGUAUUCUUUUGUUUAAAUUUUUUGUUUUUCUCAUUACUAAUGAACAGGUAUUUUUCAUUUUCUUUUUUGUAUACUUCAUUUGAUGAAAUUAUUCACGAUACACUCAAACGGUUAAUUAUUAUUAUUUAUAUUAUUUCUCUGUUUUUAAUGAUCCAAAGGGAUUAAACCAAGCUGAAAUGUUUUUCAUUCCAAAAAACCAGAUAAAUAAGUAAAUAAACACCUUUAUGGAUUUCUUAUAUCCUCUUUUUAUUUUGUCAUUUAAUUGUUAAAAUCGAUUAUGGCAUAUCUUACCUUCUAACACCUAUGUUAUAUUCAACACU